UGUGUUGUGGGUAGGUCAGGGAGAGUGGAGGACGCCAUGUGCCUGUGACUACAUACAGAGAGACCGGGUGACGGGUAAAAUACAUUACAAAGGUGGCGAAACACAGGGUCGGUUGGACCUGUGGGGGAAUCAAGAUUUAAUUCCAGUAAAAUAAACGCAGAACACAGCCGAUAUGUUUUCAGCCAGACUCUGUGUGAGACGCUCGCUGCGGUUAGCGGCACAGUUGCACAGCAGACACGAGCUGCCUACUUUCUGUGCUCUGCGGAGACUGAAGACCAGCUCCAGCAACAGUAAUGAAGCCCUGGCGUCUCCCUCCCUCGACAAUGCGCCGAAAGAGUAUUCCCCGAAAAUCCACCAGCUCGUCAACGACAUAGCGAGUCUCACGAUGCUUGAGGUCUCCGACCUGAAUGAGCUGCUCAAGAAAACGCUGAACAUUAAGGAUACGGGGAUGAUGCCAAUGGGUGCAAUGCCUGUAGCACUGCCUUCAUCACAGGCAGUGGAAGAGGAGGCAGUGCCGGUGAAGAAGGAGAAGACCCACUUCACUGUGAAGCUGACCGAACUGAAGGUGGCUGAGAAGGUAAAACUCAUCAAGGAGGUGAAGAACUGCAUCCCCGGCCUCAACCUGGUCCAGGCUAAGAAACUGGUGGAGUCUCUGCCUCAGGAGAUCAAGGCUAACAUUUCCAAAGACGAGGCAGGGAAGUUGAAGGCUGCGCUGGAGGCAGCCGGAGGCACUGUCAUCCUGGAGUAGAACCGUUUGCUUUCCUUUUUUAAAUUGCCUUGAAAGCCACACAUCCCUGGUCCCUGGGUUUGUGUGUGGUAAGGGAACCGAAUAUGUACAGCCUCCUCCACGAAGCCCAGGAGCCCUGCACCACAAGACUAUUCCAGUACUGUGUUUUACAAGACGUCCGUUCUAACAAGGAGUCCACAUGUCUGUCUGUCUGCACUGCACUAGAGCCACGCUGGUUUGAGGAAGGCAGACCAGACUAUUGUCCACUAAAAAUAAUAAUAAACAUGGAAAAGAACUGUUAUCUCUGCUCAUUUCUUUUUGAGAUUAUAUUAUUUUUAAAUGCAUGCUUCUUGUAAGUUUAUAUUUCCUAAAUGUAUCUAUAACUUCAGGCAUUUAUACAUGAAAAAAAAACUAAACCUCUGUCCAAACUAGUUAAAUGUUUUGAUAUAAUGACAUUACAAAAAAAACUAUUGUCAAUACUUUUGUCUUGGACUGAGUUUCUUUAGUUUUAUUCGAUUGAACAUAUGUAGUUUAUUGUUUUGUGCCAACAUCUUGAAAACUAAGCUAUGUAGCCACAAGAAGUAAAAUAGUUUUAUUUUAAAAGAAAAUAAAAACAUAAAACCAA